CUGUCAAACCUGCCGGAUAUUUGCCCCCUACGCAUCUUUGAUGGCUAAACAGACUGGAUUGUCGUCGAACAGUAGAGUAAGUUUAAGAGUUGCGGUGGAAAUCGGAGCCAUCGCAGGAGUGAAAUAUGACGUGGGGAUUAGACUGUCCAUUAAAUGCUCUCGAUCAAAUUGGAUCGAAGAAAAAAGCUUUGUCGGAACAAUGGAUGCACAAUGGGGACCUGAUCUACAAUCCCUACAGAGCCCACUACCUCAGGUGAAAUGGGAGACAGUUUCAGCAUGGCUUGAAAAAUGUGAUAGUGGCGAUGCACAUGUAAAACCAUGUCGUCGUAAUUCGUAUCGGUUACCGGUGCAUGAUUUUCGUGUCAUCGACACCGAGAGAAGAUGUGUGGUACUGGCUUCCCAGCCUUGCAGAUAUGCCACUCUAAGUUACGUAUGGGAAAGAAUCAAGAUUCCUUACAGGCAACCAGAGCGAAUAUCAAUGAUCUUGGCAGAGAAGGAUCGUUAACCGCUGAAAGAGGCUUAAUGGCAACAAUCAACGAUGCAAUUGAUGCUUGUUGCCACUUGCAGAUUCCAUUUCUCUGGGUUGACCGUCUUUGUAUAGUGCAAGAUGAGUUGAGCGAGAAAUCGACUCAGCUCAACGCCAUGGGAACCAUUUACAGCCAGUCAUAUGUAACCCUGGUGGCCAUGGCGGGGAGUGACGCCAAUUAUGGGCUUCCUGGGACAGAUGGGCGGAAGAGAUCUCCGCAAUGGACGGGCGAAGUGCAGGGGAUAUACCUGUUCGAAAAUCAUGACCCAUACGGUUAUCUUGUCAUCCGCUCAAAGUGGCGAAGCCGGGGGUGGACGUUUCAGGAGGCAACGCUUUCACCAAAGCUUUUGAUUUUCACAGACCCCGGGGUUUUCUACCAGUGCCACGGCAGACUGACCGCCGCCCAGAGUGAGGAGGGUGAGGAACUGGAGCUUGGAAUUUUAGCCGCCCAAAUCGAUUUAUCCUCAUAUAAGUCUCUCGUGACGGAAUAUACGACAAGAGAUCUUACUUAUGAGUCCGACAUAAUGAAUGCAUUCGUGGGCAUUCUACACAUGGCAUAUGGGGACCAGCAUUAUUACGGGAUUCCAUUCAAACAAUUUAGCUGGGGUCUCCUUUGGCAAACAGCUAAGGGAAAAUAUCCUGUGCGAUGCCCACAUGAGCCAAAUGUGUUUCCGUCGUGGUCAUGGUCCUCUAUCAAUAAUGUCAUCGCAUACUAUUUCUCAAGAAACGGGUUUACAUCAUUGGGGCAAUGGGCUAUCCCACCAUCCAGGGAUGGGUCAAAAGAACUGAUGAUUUUACCCAAUCCAUCUACGGAGCCAAAUAUUGCUGAGUACAAUGACCAGUAUGGAAAACUACCUCGACACGCAGUGUUAACGGCCUGGAAAAAUGGGUGUUUUCCUGGAACCCUGCCCGAAGACUUAAAACCUUUCACGUCGAAAAAGAGUGAUACUUUCUUGAAGUCUCUCGCCAGCAUGCAUGAUGAAGCCCAAGGUAUGCCCGGCGGCUUGCUGAAUGCUAGUGACCAAGAGGCAAGAUUCCCACUUCACAUUCAACAAGCUUGUCAAGACGGGUGUAUCCUGGUUUACACCCAGUCACAGCGCCUUAGGUUGUUGAAAGUCUCUACAGGUUAUUUGAAUGAAGCCAGACUCCAAAAUGCACAUGGUGACAUUAUAGCUUUGGUGCCAGUGAAUACAACCAAUUGGGAACAAAUCGAUCUUAUUCCGCACGGGAAGAAUGGUGCCGAGUUUGAUGUCCUGGCCCUUUCAAUGUCCUAUAACGUAACUGACCUCCCUAAAGGUGAUUGCCCAGAUAUAUUUGGCAAAACGCAGCUAACUGGCAUCACAGAGUCGGAGGGGAUUUCCACUGAUUACCCCAUGUUUGAACGUGGUUGUUCUCCCGAAAUUAAUUUGAUGGUUGUCGACACAAAAAUUGGUAUUAGCAGGCGCGUUGCACUUGGAAAAGCAACCCUGAAAAAUUGGAUUAAAUCGAAACCUAAGUUUCAGACUUUCAUUCUGGGAUAGAUGAGGUAUGCCAAAUCUUUGUUUCAUCAUAUUUACUUUGGUAGAUAGAUGUCACAGACACAAACUAUACAUUAUUGAUAUAAUUUGAUGAAUGUGAGAUAGGAAAACUAAUUUUUUAUGCUCUACUAAUCCAAGCACACACUAC